AUACUGCACUGCUUUGUCAUCUUCUGAUUUGGAAUAUUGUGUAUGGAACUGGGUAACCUCACGUAUACUGCAAUACAACAGUACAUUGAACGUUCUCUCUCCUUUCUAUCCCUGCCUGGAUCGCAGGCCUCUUAAUGGGCAGGAAGGACCCGAGUGAGCUUGGACGCCCCCACUCUUCUCUCUGCCCCUCAACCCCCGCUCUGCCCACAUGAUAACGGAGAAUGUUGCAAUGAAUUGCUGCAUCGACAUCUCUGCAGCAACUGUGAGCAUUGCAAGGAAGAAAAAAAGAAAAGGAUAUACUUUCCUGCUCGCAGAUUCAAUCUGUAUUAUCCCAAAACAGCUUAGUCAAGCACACAGAGAGGAACAGCUUAGUUGCUCACUAAGAAUUCUCAACUGCUGUCCGAUUGCAUCUGAGGACUGAAGAGACAAAGGAGCCUUUGGGCAACGUUUGGAGAAAAUGGCCCUCGAGAAGCUCCAUCCUGAACACAUACCAGCAGAGUACCAAGUCUACACAGCCUUCUUCCGCGACGUUAGCAAUAUCGAGUUCCUCCAGACCCAACUGCUCUCCCGCAACAGCGACUUUGAGUAUGCAUUCAUCGAUGCCUCUUCCGUCGUCUCACGGUUGCAACUCCUUGCAGCCGUAUGCAACGCCCUCAAUGUCCUAGUCAGUGGGACACUACGAACUCCCAACGUGCACUCGGAAAUAGUGGUAUCGUUGAGCACAAACAACAACAUAGCGGAUGCUUACCGGAGAUGGGGCAUAACACCGGGGAAAACCAAAGACUUGAUCGUGGUCAAGGUCGUCUCCCCGCCGGCCGCUAACAUGGCUGCCCAGUCACCCCAAAUACAGGCACAAACGCAAGACAGCAUCUGGGCCCAUCUAACAAAACACAUCAGCGGCACACCGGCACCCCUGACGGACGCGGAGCUCUCGCGCAGCACAGAUUGGGCCAAGGUACGCAAGUAUUACAGGCUCAACGGCGUGUCUGCGCUGGAAAAACUGCCUGACGAGGAAGAGCGUCGGAGGCAGAUGGAACGGCUUGCUAUCAUGGGUAUGGCCUUGCGUGGGCUAUGAUGGGGUGAGGUGUUCGCGGCCCUCACCAGGGGCCAAAUGAACGUCAAAACUGGUUUAUGUCGUGAAGAGUUCGCCGUUCGUGAGUUUGAUGGCAUGCGAUGGCGUGAGUGACCAUGCGACUGUUGGGCGAGCAGACAUAUAUAUCGGGCUGGCGCAUUAGGGGGAAUCAACGCCAUCUGCGAGACAGGGCUGCACCAGGCAUCGCGGGUCUGCAUACGGACCGGGGAUCACAUUUUUAAAUCGCCUGUAUUGCGUCUCAGAACGCACAGUCUUGGGUACACACUGCAGUCACGCAUAGAGGGGACACGAAGAAUGCAAGGCAUCGAUCAUGAUUCAGUCGAACUGGGCCUCUUCUCCCAUGCCUCUAUCUAUCUAGCCGCGAGCGCUUCGCUACCGCUAAUAAAACUCAAUGCAG